AUCAUUCUACAUUUUCCAUCAUCCGUUAAAUAAAGAAUGACAGAUUCGCAUCUCACUAUUCCAAUUAGUCCUUCGGUCAUCUCAUCUUCAUCUUCUUCUACAAGCAAAAGACAAUCGAACCAAUUUCUUUAUUCAUUCAAUAAAUUACCAAAAAUAAUCACCAAAAGAAAACAAAAACAAAACCACAAAGCAUCUUAGAUCUUACAUACUACAGAAGCUUCUUCUUCUUCCUCCUCCACCUCUCUACACACAGUCGUAGGUUUUGGUGGCAUGAAAGACCAUGAAAGAAAACACAAAAGAAGCCAUUAAAGCAACACCAUGAAACCUUAUUUGAUGAGCUUCAUGCUCAUCCUUUCAUUCUUUACAUCAGUCACAACAACAACCCACAGAAGAAUUCUCCACCAGCCAUUGUUUCCGGCGAUACCAACACCUCCAGCAGGGCCAGAAUUGCCACCAUCCCAACCAUCACCCACCACUUCUGACCACCCUUUCUUCCAAGAAAACCCAAAUGGAAAAACCCCAGAUCAAACGCAAUCACCGCCGCCGCCAGCGACGGCGGCAGGAGAAUCCACUAACACCACGGCGACGCACCCGAUUGCACCACAGCCGGCAGCCAAACCUGCUAAGAAGAUCGCGGUUGCGAUUUCUGUCGGACUUGUAACUCUCGGAAUGUUAUCGGCGUUAGCUUUCUUCAUCUAUAAACACAAAUCGAAACAGCAAAUUGAAUCGAGAAAACUCGUCGGAGGAAAUAGUUUGCAGAGAAAUGGUGAAGAAACAUCAAGAAAUUUGCCUCCGUCGAGUUUUCUUUAUAUUGGAACUGUGGAGCCGGCGAUAACAACAACGACAAGUGAUCAUUCGACGAAUGGAACAAGAAACGGGUCACCAUAUAAUAAGUUAAAUUCGAUUAAAAGAUCCGAUCGAUAUAGACCCAGUCCUGAAUUGCAACCACUUCCGCCGCUUACUAAGCCUCAGCCACCACUAACAUCCAUCAAUUCGCCGCCGGCGGUGUCUUCUUCAGAUGAAGAAGAAGAAGAAGAAGAAGAAGAAAGUCAAGAUUUUUACACUCCUCAUGGAUCAACUGCAAGCACCGACGAUGGGUAUUCUGUUCGAAGUUUUAAACGGAAUGAUCGCCGGAAUUUAAGUCCGGUGCCUCUUUCUAAACGAACUUCCCCAAAAUCGAGACUUUCGAUUUCUUCUUCACCGGAUACAAUAUCGGAGAGAAAUCAUCCCGCCGCUUCUCCGUCGGCGCAACCGCUAGGAAUAACAAAUGGGCCCAGAAGGACGAAAUUCGCGGCACCACCUCCGGGACCUGAUAUGACACGAUUGCAUUCUAAUCAAUCACCACAUAAACCCAAAAUCCCAGUCCCCCCACAUCCGCCGCCGCCACCACCGCCGGAAAAACCGGGAGUUUUUCCGAUUAAGACCAUUUCAACGUCUAGUUCUUAUCAACAACUGAGAAAAACGGAAUCAAUGAGUCCCAGUGCUAAAGUAAUUCCUAAAAUUGUGAAAACAAAUUCUUUUCCAGAAUCAAACAACCGUGACGCCGAUGAUUUAAAACCGAGGCUGAAGCCUUUACACUGGGACAAAGUCCGAGCAACCUCCGAUCGAGCCACCGUAUGGGAUCAGCUAAAAUCAAGCUCCUUUCAAUUGAAUGAAGAUAUAAUGGAGUCCCUUUUUGGUUGUAAUUCCGGCGGAUCAACCAAGAAUGAAGACAACCCUCGGAAAUCAGUUGUUCCUCCGGCGAUGCAUGAAAACAGAGUGUUGGACCCCAAAAAGUCACAGAACAUCGCCAUACUUUUAAGAGCAUUGAAUGUAACACAGGAAGAAGUAUCCGAUGCACUUCUCGAUGGAAACCCAGAAGGUUUAGGUGCAGAGCUCUUGGAAACACUCGUAAAAAUGGCGCCCACGAAAGAGGAAGAGAUCAAACUUCGAGAUUACAGAGGUGAUGUAUCGAAAUUAGGAUCUGCAGAAAGAUUCUUGAAAGGAAUCCUCGAUGUCCCAUUUGCAUUCAGAAGAGUUGAAGCCAUGCUUUACAGAGCCAAUUUCGACAACGAAGUUAAAUACUUGAGAUCUUGUUUUCAUACAUUAGAGGCAGCAAGUGAAGAACUGAAGAACAGUCGGUUAUUCCUUAAACUCCUCGAAGCAGUUUUAAGAGCAGGAAAUCGCAUGAACAUUGGAACAAAUCGUGGUGAAGCUACUGCUUUUAAACUCGACACUCUUUUAAAAUUAGUGGAUAUAAAAGGAACAGAUGGAAAAACGACAUUACUUCACUUCGUAGUUCAAGAAAUCAUCAGAUCAGAAAUCGGGAAUUCCGAUUCCAAUUCCAAUUCCAAUUCCAAUUCCAAUUCAAAUUCCAAACCUGAAACAUAUCCCACAUUCAACGAAGGGACAUUCAAGAAGCAAGGAUUACAAAUCGUGGGUGGAUUAAGUCGGGAAUUAGGGCACAUCAAGAAAGCGGCGGGAAUGGAUUCCGAUGUAUUAAGUGGUUACGUGAAAAAACUCGAAACAGGGCUUCAGAAAAUCCGAUUAACAGAUCACGAAACAUCACAAACCCAAGGAAAUUUCUUUAUCUCGAUGAGGGUUUUUCUAAAAGAAGCUGAAUUAGAAAUUGGGAAGAUCAAAAUUGAUGAAAAGAAGGCGUUAGGAUGUGUGAAAGAGGUGACUCAGUAUUUCCAUGGUGAUGCUGCGAAAGAAGGGGUGUAUCCACUUAGAAUCUUCACGAUUGUGAGAGAUUUUUUAGGGAUUUUGGAUCAUGUUUGCAAGGAGGUGGGGCAAAUGCAAGAUAGAAUCAUGGUGGGUUCUGCAAGAUUACCAGUUGUGAACAGAUACAAUGUGAGGGAGAUUAGUAGUUCGGAUGAAGAAAGUUCAUACUCGACAUGAGAAGUGAAAUGUGUUUUACGUGUAUAAAAAUAAGCAUAUAUAACUUCUUGAUUUGGGGUUGAACAAAUGAUAUGGAAUCUACAAGAGAAGUAGGUGAUAUGAGGGGAUCUCAAACUUGGGAUUUUGUGGAUCUUUGGAUGAGAUAUAGAUUAUAGUUUUACACUUAUGUUCUAUGGUAGUUUUCUUUUUGUUUACAUACAAGGUUAAAGGUAAAGGAUUAAGAGUAUUUAUUUAAGAACAUUAUGGUUUAGUUUGAAUUUUGUAAGAGUAUUAUUUCAUCAAGAGGCAAAUUCUUUU